AUGAAAAGUGUUUGGUUGAAAUUUUAUUUUAUUAUACUUUUCUUCCUGCUUCCUUUGACUGGUGGAGAUGCCGCCCUUCCUGUCCUUCCCCUAGAGAGAAAAGAGAGAAAGAGCGAGACUAGAAUACGCCCGGAAGCAUGUUCAGAAUUAAUAUUCGUACUACUUAGAGAGUACAAGCAAAAGGUCCACGAUGUCUACGGUUUGUAUCAUUCAUAUUCAUGGAACAAUGUUCAUUUGGUACGCAUUCCCACCCCCAAUGGCUGA